AUGAGAAGGAUUUGUCAUCUGUUCGUCCUGUUCCUUUGCCUCCUUGAUGGAGGUGUUUGGUCACUACGCAACCUCUCCAUCUCCGUUCCACGUGCUGUUUUAUCCGGAGAAGGACAGUCAGCGUUACUGAGAUGUUCGUAUGACCUAGAAGGUGCGGCUCUGUACUCUAUACGCUGGUACAGAGCUGAAGAUGAAUUUUACCGUUAUGUGCCGAGGGAAAUGCCACCGAGCAUGGUGUUCCCUUUGCCUGGAGCUUCCGUUGAUUUAGCGCAAUCGGAUCACCAGCAAGUGCGUAUAGUAAACAUGAACCGAAGACUCAGCGGUGACUACCAGUGCGAAGUGUCAGCUGAUGCACCACUCUUCCAUACUGAUAUACGAUCGGCCCCGCUUACUGUCGUAGAUCCACCAUUUCGAGCGCCACGCCUGCAAAUAUCCCGGCUUAUUUACGAGCGAAACGAUGUUCUUCAUGCAAACUGCUCCGUCGACGAGGCCUACCCAGCUCCGAACAUUACAUGGACGAUUGAUGGACAUAAGAUAGCAGAAACGAUUUCCUGGCAGACGUCGGAACAGGAUUUCAAAGAACGCAGUGCGUUCAGUCAGCUGGAAAUAACGAUCCUCGAGACUGACCAUUACAAGCUCGAGCACACUUAUAGUCAAGAUAGUCCAAGCUAUUACAAAAACCACUUCAGCCGCAAUAUUGAGACAGAUUCAACGAAGCAUGAAGUUUUGAGGUUUACUAUGACCCCUCCACCGAGUGGACAAUUUGCAAUAAGUUGCGUCGCAACUAUUUACGACAUCUACGCGAGGUCAAGCGAUCUGGUUCAUGUCAAGGAGGACAGCCCUCGCCCCGCCUCCGUGACUGGAGAGGAUUCAUCCGGUUUCAAGACGUUGUGCGACGUUGUGCUCACAUUUGUCUGCGCCUGCGCAUCGCUGGCGCAUACGACCUUAUGA